AUGGAUGGGGCCCCUGCAGUGUCCGGCCUGGACGCCAUACCACUCGACAAGUUGAAAGAAGAGUACCUCCGACGGUCGUGCGGAAGUAAGAAGAUAAACACAUACAAUACACCAGCCCACGUAGCUGCGUUGUUCCUCAUACUCACCCUCAGCACCUUCGCUACUGCCUUCGUCCACCUGCUGCCGACGGCGUUCAUAUCCCUGACGAGCCCAUGUCUGCCGCGGUUCUGGAAUAAGGGCUAUCCUGCCUUUGCCGGGCUGGUAGCCAUGGUUGCGGUGCUAAUAGUCGUUUGCAUUGAAAUGUUCUUUGCCAUGAAGGGGGCUGGGCAUGUUCAUGGAUCGGACAACUCGACGGAGAACCUGGUCGAUGGAGCAAGUCCGCUAAUGCAGAAUGGUCAUGCAAGAAGUCAAGAUGGUCGAGAUGCAGGUGCAGACCACGCAAGCGAUGAUGAAGAUCUGGACCUUGAUCUUGAAGAACUCGAUCCGCAGCCGGACGAUAACGAGUCGGAAUACGUACGCCCUACACAUCACGGCCAUCAUCACCACUACCAUAGCCACGACAGCCAUAUGAGCGAGCAAAGUGCUCAAAAGCAACUCCUUCAAUGCCUCCUUCUCGAAGCCGGUAUUCUUUUCCACAGCAUAUUCAUCGGUAUGGCUCUCUCCGUAGCCACGGGUGCAAACUUCCUCGUCCUUCUAGUCGCUAUAUCCUUCCACCAGACAUUUGAAGGCUUUGCUCUCGGCGCACGUAUAGCGGCUCUCAUACCGGCGCUGUUCCCUGCCUCGUCACCUAGACCGUGGCUCAUGGCUCUUGCAUACGGGGCAACUACGCCUAUAGGUCAAGCUAUUGGACUCGGUGUACAUAAUUUAUACGACCCAGCGAGCACUACGGGUCUGCUCAUGGUUGGACUGACGAACGCAUUCAGUAGUGGUCUUCUACUAUUUGCUGGGCUGGUGGAGCUCCUUGCUGAGGACUUCCUGAGUGAUAGAAGCUAUGAGGUUCUGCAAGGACGAAAUCGGCUUGAGGCCGGUAUUGCUGUUGCUGCUGGUGCGUCGUUGAUGGCCUUAGUAGGAGCCUUUGCGUAG